AAUCUGUUGAUAUUGUCCCAACAACCCAUGUCACGUAGGCAUGCGCCCCUAGUGGGAACCACCCAGCUUACCUAAGCUGGUUGAGCACUUCUAUAUGUACCCGUAGAUUGCUCCACACUCUCUAGUAGCUUUCCUUCUUUUCUAUGUGCUCAUCCUUGGAGAUGGCGCCUCGUUUUAUUCGAAAACUCAGAGCUAAGUUCAGAAGGCUGCGGGAAGUCGCUAUCGGAGAACCUGACUCGAGUGGAUCGCACACAACUCCUUUACCCACCCCAUCUCUGCCAGGGCCAGGGCUAGAGCCCUCCCUCGCUGUCUCGGGGUCUGUCGAUUCGAGUGAAUCGCACGCAACUCCUUCGCCAUCCCCAUUUUUGCCAGGGCCAGGGCCAGAAACUCCAGCACCUCACCCGAGGCCUUCCCUAACCGUCUCGACAGACCCCGAGACUUUAUCGCUGCCAACCCUACCAGAGAAACUCUGGAACCAGGCCUACGACGAGCUCAAAGCAAGCGAGCCUACUCUCGUUGAAACGUUCGAGAAGAUCUUAUCGGCCGAACUUUGCCGGGAUGAAUCAAGCUCUGUCGGCUCAGAGUUGGAGAGGAAUACGAUAGGAAAAACCCAGGAGACAAGAUGCCAUCAGAUGCAGAAACUGGCCCAGGCUGGACUGGACCGGACACGGAAACAUGCGUCGGUUAAGAAUUCGGUAGGCCAAGUCUUACAAAUAGCGCAAUUUAUAAAGGCGGUAGCGGAUCCAGCGGUACAGGCUGCUCCCGCAGUCGCCGUUGCUUGGGUCAGUGUUGGGUUGGUAUUUGAGGUUAUCUCGAAUCCCAUCAGCGAAGCACGCUCCAAUCGCGAUGGCAUUUCAUACGUCCUCUCGAGAAUGGAAUGGUACUGGAGCUUAGCGGACCUACUUCUCGACGAAAAUAAAGCCGAGCAGUCCUCGAUAACACUACGAUCCCAACUAGAGAAGAGCAUCGUCCAGCUUUACGGGAAGCUCCUCUCCUAUCAGAUGAAGAGUAUCUGUCUUUACCACCGUCACUGGGCAACUGUCGUCGCAAGGGACACGGUUAAGUGGGAUGACUGGUCUGGUCAGCUUGGAGACGUACAAGAAGCGGAAACACUAGUGAAGAGCGACGUGGAACAAUACAGUAACGAAUAUAUUAAGGAAAAGCUGAGGGGACUUCACAGCACAGCCGCCAACAUCGAGAACCACGUGAAAUCCAUCGAGGACGGGACCCGGCGGCAGACGGAAGCGAAUCAAACCGAAAAGGACAACGAGUGCCUGCGAAAUCUACACGUGACUGACACUCGCAAUGACAAGAAGCGUAUCGAAGAGGCAAAGGGUGGCUUACUCAGAGACUCCUACGUCUGGAUCCUUGAACAUGCCGAAUUCGUGCAAUUCCGGGGGGAGCCCGAGAGUCAGCUCCUCUGGAUUAGGGGGGACCCUGGCAGAGGCAAAACAAUGCUUCUGUGCGGCAUCAUUGAUGAGUUGGAGAAGGAUCAGUCCCAGCGAGUAUGCUAUUUCUUUUGCGAAGCCAAUGAGGAUCGACGCAACAAUGCGACAUCGGUGCUAAGAGGUUUACUAUUCGACCUUGCCCACAACAACCGAUGGGUCGUCGAACGCGUGCGAGAGAAGUAUGACGCCGUGGGCAAAGAUAUCUUCAGCAACGAUAAUGCGUGGCAUGCUCUCACCGGGAUAAUUACGGCCGUCCUGCAGGAUCGGCGCCUAGACGAUACGGUUGUGAUCAUCGAUGCUCUCGACGAGUGCAAGACAGACCAGAAACGGCUCCUCGACUUUAUUGCUGGCUUUGAUACUGCUGACCCUACUGUGGGGCAUCCUACUGUAAAAUGGAUUGUAUCGAGCCGCAACUGGCCCGACAUUGAGGAAAGGCUGCAGAGCGCAACGCAAAAGAUUGAGCUGCGACUCGAAUCAAACCGAGACGAGAUUUCUCAAGCUGUGAAGAGUUACAUCAAGCGCAAGGUGGACGAGCUGGAAUCACUUAAGAAAUACGAUUCGAAACUAAGGGAUGAUGUCGAAAGUUACCUGACCGCUAAUGCUGACGGCACUUUUCUUUGGGUGAGCUUGAUCUGCCGCGAGCUUGCAAACCAUAGGAAACGGCAUACACUCGAGAAGUUGGAGUCAUUCCCGCCAGGCCUGGGUUCUCUCUACGGACGAAUGAUGGAACUGAUAUCCAGUUCGAGUGAUGCGAGGCUCUGCAAUGAGAUACUAGCUGUUACUUCAGUGGUAUAUCGACCUCUUACCUUGGACGAAUUGAUAGCAUUCAUUGGGGAUCUCCAGCGCUUUGACCGGGAUGAGGUGGAAGAAAUCAUCGAGUCGUGUGGCUCAUUCCUAACACUUCGAGACGGCAUCGUUUCCUUUGUGCACCAAUCGGCAAAGGAUUACUUGAUAGAAAAUGUACGCGACCAGGUUCUGCCUUUUGGCAUCGAGCAUCAACAUAGCGAGGUCUUUUCCAGGUCACUGAAGCUCCUCUCUGGAACCUUGAAACGUGACGUGUAUGGCCUAUGGAGGCCGGGAUGUCUCAUCGAUGAGGUCUCGAUACCAGAUCCUGACCCGUUAGCCACAGUUCGAUACUCUUGCAUCUUCUGGGUUGACCACCUUAAUGACUCGGUACCGAAGACAGGGACAAGCGACAAGGGAUUAGGUGACGGCGAAAGGAUAUUGGCCUUCCUCCGUAACAACUAUCUACAGUGGUUGGAGGCUCUCAGUCUAAUGCAGAGCAUUCUGGAAGGGGUGAAAGCGAUAGUAAAACUGGGAGCGCUCUAUGCAAGAGCUGAAUUGCGCGAUCAACGGGAUCUCGUGGAUCUCAUUAAAGAUGCACGCCGAUUCAUCCUCUCACAUAGAAGGGGAAUCGAGAUGGCCCCCUUGCAAGUCUACGCCUCAGCUCUCAUAUUCAGCCCGACCAACAGCUUGAUUCGACAAUUAUCCGAGAAACCAAGUUGGGUCACAGUGACGCGGGGGGUCGCACCUGAUUGGGAUGCCUGUCUACAUACACUCGAGGGCCAUACUGAUAGGGUAGCGGCAGUGGCAUUCUCGUACGACGACCAACGGCUUGCGACAGGAUCAUUCGAUAAGACGAUUAGGAUCUGGGACCCCAUCCUCGGCCACUGCAUCCAAAUACUCGAGGGUCAUACCAGCUAUGUUACCUCAAUUGCUUUCUCACCCGAUAACCAACGACUUGCAUCAGGCUCACACGAUAGAACAGUUCGGAUCUGGGACACUUCAGGCCAAUGCAUACGAAUUCUCGAGGUUGGGGAUAUAGUAAACAAAAUAGCAUUCUCACCUGAUGCCCUAGAACUUGCAGUAACCAGCGCAGGUGGCAUGAUUAGGAUUUAUACUCCUACUAUGCACUCACCUCCACAAGAGUUCAAUGCCCAUACCACCUGCAUAGUUUACUUGGACAACGGUCGGCUCGCAUCAGGGUCAUGGGAUAAGACAAUCAAGAUUUGGGACACUGCUUCAUGCCAGUGCAUACAGACAUUCAAAGGCCAUACCGAUCGCGUAUCAUCGAUAACGAUCUCGAGCGAUAGCCAACGACUUAUAUCAGGCUCAAACGACGGAUCGAUUCGUAUUUGGGAUACCGCCUCGGGCCAAUGUGUACGACUACUUGGUAAUAACGCUGCCAGAAUAUGGUCGGUAGUAUAUUUAAACGACGGCCGGAUCGUAUCAGAAUUAUCCAAUGGCAGACUCGAGUUUUGGAAUCCUACUUCAAGCCACUAUUUACCGCAGACUCUUAAGGUUCUCACAAAUUCGACAAUUUUCUCAAUUGACCAGUGGCUCAUAUCAAGUACGAGCACUACGAACAUAGUUAAGGUCUGGGACACCGCCUUAAUCCAGAACAUACAGGCUUUUAAAAACCAUAACAUGCGAGUAGAUGCAUUAAUAUUCUCACAUGAUGGUCAACGGCUCGCAUCAAGCUCAACGGACGGUAUAAUUAAGAUCUGGGAUGUUACCUCAGGCCAAUAUUUACAAACUCUCUCGGGUCAUGCUACUACAGUACAAAUCCUAUUAUUCUCACACGAUAAUCAACGGCUCGCAUCAAGCUCAGAGGACGGCACAAUUAAGAUCUGGGAUAUUACCUCAAGCCAAUGUUUACAAACUCUUCCGGGUCAUGCUACUGCAGUAGAAGCCCUAUCAUUCUCAUACGAUAGUCAACGGCUCGCAUCAGGUUCAUGGGACGGUAUAAUUAAGAUCAGGGAUAUUACCUCAGGCCAAUGUUUACAAACUCUCCCGGAUCAUACUGCUAGAAUAGAGGCCCUAUCAUUCUCAUACGAUAGUCAACGGCUCGCAUCAGGUUCACUAGACGACACAAUUAAGAUCUGGGAUGUUACCUCAGGCCAAUGUUUACAAACUCUUCCGGGUGAUUCUACUGCUACAGUAGAGGCCCUAUCAUUCUCAUACGAUAACCAACAGCUCGCAUCAGCUUUACAGAACGGCGAAAUUAAUAUCUGGGAUGUUACCUCAGGCCAACACUUAAAAACUCUCCAGCUAUUCCCGAGUAAUACUUUAGGUCAGCAAAUACAGAAUUUCGAAGUCGAUAAUGCGGACCUUACUCGUUUAUUCGACCUAACGAAAAUCGUUAAUCUUAUCAUGAGAUUCGGCAGUUGUUAUUCUGAAUAUGACAUCAGCCGAGAUGGGAAAUGGAUUCUAAGACAUGGCAAAAAAAUACUUUGGCUACCCCCAGAGUAUCGUCCUAGGCUAAAGACAAUAUUACUGGAUUGGGUAUCUACGUUUGCAGUAUUCGGAUCAACGGCCGGAAUUGGUUCUCUAUCUGGCCGUAUUUCUAUUAUACGAUUCCAAUAAGUAACCAGUGUCGAUAGUACCCGGAGAGAAGGCAGUGCUAGCGAUAUAAGUGAUAUUGCUGAGCGGAGGCUUUGUCGGCUAGCUAAGGAUAUGUAAAUAUUUAUACAACGUGGUGUAGCUAGCUGGCUAUAGGAAUAAGGCAAUUGAUGGAUCACGGCUCUUGGCUCAUUGCUGUGUAUUACCUAGGUUACGGGAGGGGAGUGAAAAGCUCGCAUCACACGCACACGAUCGUGGAGGUAGAAGAUGCGUAGAUGAGCAAUAUCUACCACGUGGGAACCACCGAAGUCACAUUGUCUAAUCGUCUUGGCUCGUGGGGACAAGCACCGUGGUAAGCUAGGAAGCUAAAUCCGCGAGCCAUGCAGCGGUCUUGGGCGGCACUACGAAGAGCGGCGUUAAUGAUUAAUCCUUUAACCUCUCUAAGUAUGCUUCGGUUAGGGACGUCGAAUUCAGUCUCAUAAACACUCCACGUGGAG